AUGACUGCACCCGUUGCAACCAGAGCCUGGCUCUUUGACCUGCACUGCUCGGUUGGCCUGACUGACUGGGACAUGGGCAAGGAGCUGAAACUGGCUACAACCACCGACCAGUGUUGCCACGACGAUAAACUGAACAAUCAAUAUGUCGCCCGGAGGCCUUCCUCAAAAGCCUCCAGGAGAAAAGAUGAAUUCAUUUGGUAUGACAAAACAUCCGAUACUUUUGUUAAACCAAACCCGUGGCUGUGGGUUAAUCCCAACAUCGCCUGCCCGGUGAAGUACAGAAAAUCUGCAGGUCUGCAAACUUUAGGUGGACCUGCUGAAGAAGUCCAAAAAAAUAGGAUUUCAAAGACCAAACAUGCACCAAAAGAGACCAAGAAUGGAGCCCCUCGUAAACCAGCCAAAACCAGGCGCAGGGGAAGGACGACACUGGAUAAUGGCACACUGAAAUCUGGGUGCUGGCCUCGUCCACCAGUGAAUUACUGCAUCCUCAUCACCUUGGCACUGAGGAGCAGCCCCAGUGGGAGCCUGAAAGUUCAGCAGAUUUACAAUUUUAUCAGGGAGCAUUUCCCCUUCUUUCAGACGGCUCCGGACGGCUGGAAGAACACCAUCCGACACAACCUAUGCUUCAACAGCAGCUUCCACAAAACCUGCAACCAGGUGUGCAGAGACGACAAGAGGAAGUCGUGUUUUUGGCACCUGACCCUGGAGGGCCAACGCCGGCUGAAGGACGACCUCUCCACGGUGACGGGAGAGUCCUUAAGACAGCUGGAGCGGAGCAUGUCCCACCCAGGUGAGUGA